AUGAAAUUCCUUGUCAUUGCUACGGUAGUGACCUUCUUUUCCCCAGCUUUAUCUGCUCCCGCAUCAAAUUAUGUUGUCCAUCAGAAGCGGCAGAUUGGAGACUCGAACUGGGCCCCGAGUGACAUCAAGCUCGAUGGCAGAAUGUUGCUGCCUAUCUCGAUUGGGUUGAGUCAGCGAAAUCUUGACAAAACUCACGAUUUUCUCAUGGGUGUCUCAGAUCCAGACAGUCCUGAUUACGCAAAACAUUGGACAGUAGAUCAGGUUACCGACGCAUUUGCUCCAUCAAGGGAAACAAUCAAUGGAGUAAAGCAAUGGCUUGCAAAUCACGGCAUUAGUGAGAGCCGUAUCGAAAUAUCGAAAAGCUCUAGCUGGAUCAUGUUCAAUUCUACAAUCGAAGAGGCUGAAACGUUAAUGCAAACAAAAUACCAAGUGUAUGAACAUCCGAAAACAAAAAAGCCUCACGUUGCUUGCGAGGAAUACAGCGUCCCCAUUGAAAUCAAGGAAUACAUUGAUUUCAUCACGCCAACUAUUGGUUUUGAUGCGUACCUCACCAAUCCGGAAAAAGUUCGCACCCACAUGAAACGCAGCGAUGGAUCUUACCCUCAACGAGCUCCUUCACCGAAACGAGAUGGAGCGGGCGGACAGCCCCAAAACGGAGCUAAGCCUGGCCCUAGUGUUGUACAGAUCAACGACACUACACCAAAGCCCGGAGUUGUUGGUGGCGCGAAGUUUGGGACUCUUCCAAUUCCUCAUGGAUCGUCGCCAGAUGUGAGCGCUAGUGCUUUAUCAUACUGCAGUUCAUGGAUCAGUCCUGAUUGUUUGAGAGCCUUGUAUGGCUUUCCUAUUGGUUCAGUUGCCAAAUCCUCGUUUGGCGUCUAUGAAGAUGGGGCACAGUCGUAUCUUCAAAGCGAUUUGAAUGGAUUCUAUGCAGGUCUGGCAAUCAACGUACCUCUAGGCACCCCACCGAUUUUCGGCUCCAUUGACGGCGGAGUCGCAAACGUAUACGACCCAAAUAACAAUCUUGAAGCCAACCUCGACCUUCAAUAUGCUAUAGCGCUAGUUUGGCCUCAAAAGGUCACUGUAUACCAGACUGGAGACAGGAUUGAGGGAGGUUCUUUCAAUAACUUCCUAGACGCCAUCGACGGUAGCUAUUGCACCUACGGCGGUGGAGAUCUCAAGGGAUACGACUCUAUUUACCCCGAUCCAAGUGCAGGUGGAUACAAAGGCGCCAAGAAUUGUGGAGGCUUUGCCCCAACAGCAGUCAUUAGCGUAUCUUAUGGAGGUCCAGAGGCGAUUUAUCCUGCUGCAUACAUGGAGCGACAGUGUACCGAAUAUGCGAAACUUGGUCUCAUGGGUGUCACCAUGGUUUACAGCAGCGGUGAUAAUGGAGUGGCUAGUCAUGGCGAUCAAUGUUGUUACUACAACGACUGCUAUGGAGGCUACAUGAAUCAGCCUGGUACUGGAGGAGGAUUUAGUCCUCAAUUCCCGGUCACUUGCCCUUAUAUCACCGCUGUGGGUGCAACCCAGAUUGUCCCAGGUGCAUCUGUCACUUCCCCGGAAAUAGCGUGCGAGACAGUCAUUCACUCUGGCGGAGGUUUUAGCAAUUACUUUGCAAUCCCAAGCUACCAGACCUCCGCAGUCGGGACGUACUUCAAGAAGCACCCACCACCAUACUCUUAUCUCUACUACAACAACUCAGGAAAAUCUCGCGGCUACCCAGAUAUUGCCGCAAACGGUGCCAACUACAUGUGUGCCAUCGACGGAUAUUGGCAAGAGCUCUAUGGCACAUCAGCUUCAGCGCCAACAGUAGGUUCCAUCAUCACACUGAUCAACGAGCAGCGUGCUCUUGCUGGAAAGAAGUCAGUGGGUUUCAUAAACCCAGUUCUGUACGCCAAUCCGAGCGCCAUGAAUGAUAUUACGUCGGGAAAUAAUCCUGGUUGCCUUACAAAUGGCUUUUCGGCCGUUGCGGGGUGGGAUCCUGUUACCGGGCUGGGAACUCCGAAUUAUCCCAAGUUAUUGAAGGCUUUUAUGGCACUGCCUUAA